GGUUAGUGAAGUGUUUUGAAAGAUUUUAACAAUUAAAGGGACAUAGUCAGAAAAAUAUUUUUAAGAUGCGUUACGUGGACUUUACUCGGUAUUUGUUAAUACUACUUAUCUUAACACUAUCAAAUCAAACUUCAUGUGGAUAUAAAAUAUUAGGUGUGUUUCCACAUGGAGGAAAAAGUCACUUUUUUGUUUUCGCUCCAAUAUUAAGAGAACUGGCUCGGAAAGGUCAUGAAGUAACUGUUAUAAGUCAUUUUCCAGAAAAAAAUCCUUUACCAAACUAUACAGAUAUAUCUAUUACCGGAGCUGGAAAAAUUGGUUUCAAUAAUAUACCCGCAACCGCGUUUUCAAACGGUAUAAUUGACCAUAUGCUCUCGCAUAUACAGUUGUCUGCAGGAGGGCAAAGGAAUUGUGAAGCGUUAAAAUAUCCACAAAUUCAAAAUCUUAUAAGGUCAAAUAAAACAUUUGAUGUUAUUCUUCAAGAAAAUUUUAAUUCUGAUUGCUUUAUGGCUUUGAACUAUAUAUUUAAAGCACCGAGUAUAGGACUUAGUUCUUGUACUGUAAUGCCUUGGCUACAUGAUCGAUUUGGUAUUCCAGUCAACCCCUCUUACAGACCAAUGAAUAAAUUACCUUACGGUAAUAAAAUGACAUUUUAUCAACGGGUGACUAAUACUGUGUACUAUUUCCUACAUGGAUACCUAAUGGCAGAUAUACUUAUGACAAAACCAAAUGACAUUGCUGUAAGAAAGUAUCUUGGAGCAAAUAUACCGUCAGUAGCAGAUAUCGCUAAGAAUACGAGCUUGUUUUUAAUAAAUACGCACUAUACCUUGAAUAAGGCUUGGGCGUAUCCACCAAACGUUAUUGAGAUAUCCGGUGUUCAUCUUGGCAAACCCAAAGCAUUACCAAGCGAUAUAGAAAACUUCAUUUCGGAAUCUCCCCACGGAGUUAUUUACUUUAGUUUGGGAUCGAUGAUAUUGGGAACUUCACUAAGUGAUGAUGUUAAACAAGCAUUUAUGGAUGCCUUUAAAGAGCUGCCACAACGAGUAUUAUGGAAAUAUGAAGACGAAACAUUAUUUGGGAAACCAGACAAUGUUAUGAUUAGAAAAUGGAUGCCACAGCUUGAUAUUUUAAGUCAUCCAAAUGUGGUAGGAUUUAUUUCUCACGGUGGAUUGUUAGGUACUAUUGAAGCAUUUUAUAAUGGAGUCCCAAUUGUAUCGGUACCGUUUUUCGGCGAUCAAUUUCAUAAUGCAAAAGCAUUAGAAUCUCACGGAACUGCAGCUAUUCUCAAUACUUGGAAUCUUAAAAAAGAUUCUAUUAGUAAAGCCUUGAAUUUUAUUUUGCAAUCCAGAGUGUUGGAAAAAGCGAAACGUCAAGCACGUUUGUUUCGUGAUCGACCCAUGUCACCUAUGGAUACAGCUAUAUGGUGGAUUGAGUAUGUAGCUCGAAACGGUGGGGCACAUGAAACGAGACCAGCUGUUGUUAAUAUGCCAUUUUAUCAAUCUGCUCUCCUGGACGUUGGAUUAUUUUUAGUUACUUUGCUUUUAACUAUCGUUUAUAUAAAUUAUAGAUUAUUGAAAUUAAUUUUAAAUAAAUUACUUAACAAGAACAAAAUGCGUAACAGGAAUUUUAUUGAGUAUUUGACGAUACUUAUCCUUACACUAUUAAGUCAAACUUCGUGUGGAUACAAAAUAUUAGGUGUAUUUCCACAUGGAGGUAAAAGUCACUUUUUUGUUUUCGCUCCAAUAUUAAGAGAAUUGGCUCAGAGAGGCCAUGAAGUAACUGUUAUAAGUCAUUUUCCGGAAAAAAAUCCUUUACCAAACUAUAAAGAUAUAUCGAUUGUUGGUGCUGGAGAAAUUGGCUUAAACAAUAUACCCGCAGGCGCGAUUCCAAACGGUAUAUUUACAAAUAUCUUCACGCAUAUAGUGUUAUCCGAAGAAGGAAAACAAAAUUGUGAGGCAUUAAGAUAUCCAGAAAUCCAAAAUCUUAUAAAGUCAAACAACACAUUUGAUGUUAUUCUUCAAGAAAAUUUUAAUACUGAUUGUUUUUUGGCUUUAAAUUAUAUAUUCAAAGCACCGAGUAUUGGACUUAGCUCUUGUACUGUAAUGCCUUGGCUACAUGAUCGAUUUGGCAUUCCACUGAAUCCAUCUUACAAGCCAUUAAAUUUUCUUGCGCACGGUGAUAAAAUGACAUUUUAUCAACGAGUGAGUAAUACUUUACACUAUUUCCUACAUGGUUACCUAAUACCAAAUAUGUAUAUGACAAAGCAAGAUGACAUUGUUGUUAGAAAGUAUCUUGGAGAAAAUAUACCAUCAGUAGCAGAUAUCGCUAAGAAUACGAGUUUAUUUUUAAUAAAUACGCACUAUACCUUGAAUAAGGCUUGGGCGUACCCUCCCAACGUUGUGGAAAUAUCGGGUGUACAUCUUGGCAAAUCCAAAGCAUUACCAAGCGAUAUAGAAAAAUUCAUUUCUGAAUCUAAACACGGUGUAAUUUACUUCAGUUUUGGAUCAAUGAUAUUAGGAAGUUCAUUAAGUGAUGAUGUUAAACAAGCAUUUAUGGAUGCUUUUAAAGAGAUACCUCAACGAAUACUGUGGAAAUAUGAAGACGAAACACUACCUGGGAAACCGGAUAAUGUUAUGAUUAAAAAAUGGAUGCCUCAACUUGAUAUUUUAAGUCAUCCAAACGUGAUAGGGUUUAUUUCUCACAGUGGAUUGCUAGGUUCUAUAGAGGCAUUUUAUAAUGGAGUACCAAUGGUAUCGAUACCAUUUUUUGGCGAUCAAUUUGUUAAUGCAAAAGCAUUAGAAUCUCAUGGAACUGCAGCUGUUCUCGAUACUUGGAAUCUUAAAAAAGAUUCUAUUAGUAAAGCAUUGAAUUUUAUUUUGCAGCCCAGAGUGUUAGAAAAAGCAAAACGUCAAGCACGUUUGUUUCGUGAUCGACCCAUGUCACCUUUGGAUACAGCUAUAUGGUGGAUUGAGUAUGUAGCUCGAAACGGUGGAGCAGAUGAAACGCGACCAUCUGUUGUCAACAUGCCAUUUUAUCAAUCUGCUCUCUUGGACGUUGGAUUAUUUUUAUUAGCUGUGAUCUUAACAAUAGUU